AUGGAGGGACUUAAAGAAGUUCCCGUUUCUGGUGCGUUCGCUGAGAGCGCCCAUUUUCCAGACGGCCGGCCAGAUCCAGCGUCGCUGGAGCUGAACUCCAGUGCACUAACGCGGCUGAAUCUCUUCGUGAAAUUUUACAAGACCAAGAUAUGCCCCUUUUACAAGAAAAAACGGUGUGAAUGGGGGCACGACUGCAAGUUUGCACAUGGCCGCAAGGAGCUCCGUUCAGGACCGGACUUGUCGAAAACGAGAAUGUGCCCGUCUUUGCAACGUAGAGGCCGAUGCGACAAGGGUGACGCUUGCCGAUUCGCGCACCACCAAGGAGAACUCCGAGAUACCUCUGAGCUGUACACGAAUUCGCUGUACUACCAUUGGAUGCUGGGGAACUGUCGCUCUAACAAGUGGCAUAAUGCUCAUGGAGAGGCAGAGGAAAAGGACGAAAUACGUCGGCGGAGAGUCAGCAUGGAGAAGCUACCGUCGUUGCCUCCCGCUGCUCUAGCGACUAUCAAGGACGCAGCAGUUUCUCCAAUCCCGGAGGCUAGGCAGUUUAGUGCCAGUCUGCCAGCGGCACGCCACGUCGACAACGAGGAAGUCGAGUUUUGCUUUCGGUUCUGGGUGCCACGUGGAGCCGUCGUCCGCCUGAAGAGUCUUCAGCCCGGAAUGGAGUGCAACAUACCCUGCGAAGAUAAUGUGACCGACAUCCACCGAGUUGACACCGGAAUCGAUGCGGCUUUGUUCAAAACACUCACUUCGUCCCCCCCUGGUGUUUCUCGCAUGGUUCCCGACUAUCCAUCGAGAGACAUACCUUCGUUCGAAGUGACCUCACCGCCUUUUCCGCAGCAUCCGCUACUCAACGCAAGAGGCCCUGGGGUGCCGCCGGUCCAGCCACAACCGGAUAUCAUGCCUAUCGAUCUUCUGCCUAAGUUCUUGUCCGCUAGCCUUGGCGUCGAAUCGCCGACAUCCGAGCAUGAGACAAGAUCUCCGAGCAGUGGUAGCAGCUCACCAGAAUUCGUCUAUGACUUCCCGCACACACCUGUGGAUUUCAGGUCAUCCGACCAUGACCUCCGAUUCCUACCAACACGCUUACCGCACUGGUGA